GUUAUGGAAAUAAGCCUAUGAGGAUAUCAUAAAAAGAUGUUAUCAAUGCUAUCUUUGAAAUAGUUGCCAUAAUCCCAAAAAUAUUCAGUUCUGGCAAUAUCCUAAUAAAAUCCUCACGCAAUUUUGAUCGACUUUUCUUACUCAUAAAAAGUGAUAAAAAUUACAAAGUAAUUUUUUACGUUUGCUUGCAGAGGACUACAAAUAAAAAGAAUCCUAUUCUUGCAUUCUGUAUACGAAUUUUCUACGAGUUAGCCUGUGUGCGUGUAUAAGUACAAGAGUUCUCGAUUAAUCGUUGUGCUUGACUGCAAUAUGGCCAAUAAUAAUUACGCCGGAUUUAGCUACGGCGGCACCCAAUAUAGUUCACCUGGAGGUUCAGGUUAUAGCGGCGGUUCGGUUUCCUAUCCGGCAGUAACGAACGCUACUUACGCCAAUGCCGCUGCUUACCAGUCAGCUGCCGUUGCUGCUGGAAAUGGUAGUUAUGCAGCUGGAAAUACGGUUCCUGGUAGUUACGGGGGUUACGGAAGUGAAUACGGCCGUGCUGCGUUGCCGUCGUAUGAUGCUUCCAAGACAUACUAUCAGCAGGCUGCAUCCAACUACAACACCGCUCCAACAGCUACGGUUAGUAAGACUCAUUAUUCGGCACCACCCGUUAAAAACAUAAAUCCAAUUGGAACUAAGCCUGCAACUGGAAAAGAAAAGGCUGGCGUUGGGGUCAUUGGAAAGCAAGCCGGAAUCCAAGGUGCGAUUCCAACUGCCCCGGGUGUGGCUUCUUAUACCAAUUACGAUGCAGCUUUGUACAGUGCGGCUUCUGUGUAUGCUGCUCAGAAGCAGCAGGGUACUGCUGGUGCAAAAGCAAACGGUUCAGUUGGAGCUGCUACCAGCUGGCCACCAUAUAGGAAAGGUACGACCGGUGGUCCAGGUCCUAAUGUUACCCGGCCACGAACCAAACCUCCUCCUCGUCCACAGCAGCUUCAUUACUGUGAAGUAUGCAAAAUUUCGUGUGCAGGUCCACAAACUUAUCGUGAGCAUUUGGACGGUCAAAAGCAUAAAAAACGUGAAGCUUCUUUAAAAAUGCAGGCUAGUGCUCAGACCACAUCUCAGAAUCGAGGUAAUAAUUACCAUUGCGAGCUUUGUGAUGUUACUUGCACCGGAACGGACGCCUACGCAGCACACGUACGUGGCGCAAAACAUCAGAAGGUCGUGAAAUUGCAUCAGAAACUUGGCAAACCUAUACCACCAGAUGAGCCAAAGAAAUUAGCUAAAAUAAAUUUUGUACCAGCAAGUGGUACAUCCGCCACUAAUGGUAAUGCAGCUGGAGGUAAUUCGAAAUCAGAAGCAGGUGCCGAAGCCCAGGGCGAUCUUGAAGGCGGCCAAGAGGAGACUAAUGCUGGAACAACAGAAAAUACCGACAAUAUCAAACCUGUUGGCGGAGAAUACAUUGAAGAAGUCAAAGAUGAUGAGGGAAAAAUACUUAGUUUCAACUGUAAACUUUGCGAUUGCAAAUUUAACGAUCCAAAUGCUAAGGAAAUGCACAUGAAAGGACGUCGACAUCGCCUGCAAUACAAGCGCAAAGUGCAACCAGAUUUGGUCGUCGAUUUUAAGCCUACACCACGUCAACGUCGUUUGGCUGAAGCUCGGGCUCAACGUGCUCUUAUGCAAGCUCAUCGAAAUGCGAAUGGGGCUUUUGGUGAUAAUUACGAAGGUGGAGGGGGUUAUUGGGAUGAGCAACGGCGGCGCGCCAACUAUGAUGAUGAAUAUGAUUAUAAUAAUUGGUUGGCACGAAGCUUUGGUAAUCAGCGUUUUGGUGGCCGUAUGGCUAAUGGACCACCACCUUUCUUUGGUAUGAUUCCGGGUGGGGCUAAUAUUCGGCGACCUGAGAGUAGUGAUGACCGCCACGCAAUCGCUCGCCAUGCUGAAAUAUAUCCCAAAGAAGAGGAAUUGCAAGUGAUUCAACGUAUUGUUUCGCAUACAGAACGUGCAUUGAAGUAUGUGUCGGACACAUUAGCCGACGAUAAUGGACCCUCAGCUGCUAAGAAAGAGAAAAAUGAUAGCACAGUUAAGGAUGGACGUGAUAAUCAAAUGCUAUCUUUUCAAAAAGAUGCCGAUUCGGCAAAUGUUCGCAUAUUAAAAGGGGUAAUGCGGGUCGGUUUCUUGGCCAAGGGUUUGCUUUUACAAGGUGACAAUUCCGUCGAACUUGUUGUGCUUUGCUCAGAGAAGCCUACCAUAGCAUUACUUAAGCGUGUUGCUCUCGAGUUACCGGAAAAACUCAAGGAAGUAGCAGGCGACAGCCCUGUAAAUUAUAAGGUCGAAAUAGAAAUUAAGGAAUCCGCUGUAAUGGUGCGCGAUGAUUCCGUAUCAGUUAAAAUAUCACUGACAUCUCCCUUGCUGCGUGAAGCUCCCGAAAAUGUGAAAGCUGCAGACGAUAUAACUGCAAUAAAUAAAGCUGCUGGAGAUGCCGCACUUUUGCCGCGUCAACCAUGCCUCAGGGCUUUGGCUGAGUUACGUCAUGCUAAGUGGUUCCAGGCCCGAGCGACUGGUUUGCAAUCGUGCGUAAUGGUUAUACGAAUAUUACGUGAUCUUUGCCAACGUAUUCAAUCGUGGCAGGCUCUGCCACAAUGGUCUAUGGAAUUGUUGGUUGAGAAGGUAAUUUCUUCGGCCGGUUUUCCUAUUUCUCCUGGCGAUUGCUUGCGUCGCAUAAUGGAGGCGUUAGCUUCAGGAUUCCUAAUCAAUGGCCCCGGCAUAUUGGAUCCGUGCGAAAAGGAGCCCACAGAUGCAUUGCAUGAUCUUACCAAGCAGCAGCGUGAAGAUUUGACCGUUUCGGCACAAAUGUUUUUGCGUUACAUUGCCUUUCGGCAAAUUUAUAAAGUUCUUGGCAUGGAACAAUUGCCGCCAUUAAAAUUUCCAUUGCGGCCAUGGCGUGGAAACCGCAAAAGGCGCCGCUCGUCCGGCAAGGGCGGUCAAGCUGGCGACACCGAUAAUGCCGACAAUAUUGACGAAAGUGCUUCCGAUGAGAAAAUAGCAAAAAAAGAUGGCAUCGAGGCAGCAGCUUAAUCAGUAUCAAGAUUGGAAUAAUUACAAUUUUCUAUAUAUUUAAUUUUUGAAUUACAAGAAGAAUUAGCGAGUUAACUGAAAUUGUUCAGCAUACUAUAUGUCACUAUUAUGAUAAUGUUCGUCCUGAGCAUGAAACAUCAUUUAAACGAAAAAAAAAACAUAU